AUGCCACCGCGCAAAAUCCCCCAUGUCCUAUGUCUGGACCGGGGCAAGAUGCACCAUAUCGAUCCCUCGAAUGCCUGCAGUUUGAUGGCGAUGUGGUCCAUGUUCUCAAAAUGCUCAGAUACACUAGAUGAGGGGCCCCGAUUAGAGAAUUUGAGUUGGCGGAUAUGGUCGCGAGAGUCGUUAUGUGUGACGCCUUCCCCGAGCCAAGUGCCCUCUCUUAGCACUUCAUUGUCGUCAAAUGACUGUCUGAGCGAAGGACGAUGCAGUCCUGCUCACUCCAGGACCAGAUCCCGGUCCCCCCCACAGGACGAAUGCGCCAGCUCUCUCUCCAAGUCUCGACAUCUGAGUCCCAUCACAUUAGAAAAGAUUGUCGCUUCAAUACAGGAAAAGACCGAUCUUUGUCCCUUGUCUCCAUCACUAGAGGCCAGUCGUCCUUUUACGAAAGUGCCAUCUUGGAAGCAAGAGGCCUCGGAGAAAAGAGAGAACACUGCCGAAGCACGACCUCAACCUGUUCUGAAGCCCCUCCAAGAUUCCACCGACUCAUGUCUCUCCGCCACCACUGCCACAACAUUGAGUACGGCUCGUCAGAGCGAGCAUCGUGAUUCUGAUACUUCGGUAUCUUCAGAUGGACUAAUUCCAAGCGGUUCUAUUGUCCAUGGAUUUUCCCCUGUGGCGUCCUCAUGUCGUUCUCGAACUGCCAGCUCAAGUGUCAAGCCACCUACAGCUCCUUCCAAGUUCAUUGCUCCACCCAAAGGUGCUCUGAAGUCAACAGCCAUGUUUACCCUUGGCGGCUCGUCGGAGGAUGAUGAAUCCUCAUUUGAACAACGGGUCCUGUCUGUCCGAGCACCUCCGCAGAGAAGCUCACUUUCCCAGAGUUUGAGCAAGCAGAAUCUGUCUGAACGCAAGAGUGAUCUCCCCCCAAAGAGAACUUCAUUCCGGGAUGUUGUUGCCGAGCGGAGAAUCCAGGAAGACGCCGAAAACGACGAGGGCGCCAUUGCAAGCAGUGAUGAAGAGGACGAUACUGACGAAGUUAUGGAAUCUGCCAUCGACGAGGACGAGGAAGACGGCGAUGACUGGGAAGAUUCAACUUCGGACGAUGGAAAGGUGGUUCAAGAACCUCAUCUGUUCCGCCGGGUGGACAGCCGCAGUGUCUUGCCAUCGCGGCGAUCCAUGUUGACUCUGGCCCUGAACAAAGGUCGAGCCGGCCUGGCCCACGCAUAUUCCCAGCCUGCUCUCCAUCGGUCUCGGCAAACCUCACCCCCACAAGGACCGUCAUUGGCCAAUUCGCCCGAGGAAGAGGACGGCAUGAUGAUGCAAACGUCGAAUCGGCCACCCAUCGCCAUUCCACCACCCAAGUCAUCCUCCAAACCUGUGGCCCAUUCACCACGAACGACGAGACGGAACAUGCUGUCGACCGAGCUGACCGAAUCUCUCCGGAAGAACCUCCUAUGGGAGAGACAACAGAAAUCUCAGACAGUCAACGCCUUCCUCAAGCGGAGCCGUAACGCCCAGUCAAUGGCCAAUCUCCCCUCAGCUGGUCAGGCUGCAGGUGGGCCAGGAGGCCAACCUCAAGCGCCGGCCGUGGACUUGUCCAAGGACGACUCGUGGACCUUUGACAACACUUGGGAAUAUCAUACCAAAGGCUGGUAG